CAGCAGACCCAGCAGUGCACAGCAGCCAAUGUGCUGGGUAUAGCGGGAGCCGAGGCGGGAGCGACAUAGGCGAAUGCCGGGCACAGUUAGACGAAGGCUGGCUAUAAAGCAAAACGCUGAAACUAGAGAGGACUCCCUAGUUCUAGAGUUUCUGGAGUAAACUAUAGUUGAAGCCAGCCUCCAUUGUGAUUCUCUCCCGUCUCCAGUGUAUUGGUGGACGAUUGUCUCAUGUGUGUGUGCCUCAUCGUCGUCUUCCCAAUCCAGAGUGCAGUGCCUAUUUUUCGACAACCACUUUUGCAGAGAUAACUUAUUCGUCUUAGACACCGGACGCCAGGCUAUUAGCUCUCACGGAAAGAUCGACUUCAAAAAAUUGAAAUUUUAUAAGGAGCCUAUACAUUAUUCAACAUGACGAGUUAUCAAAUCGUCCCGACGGUUGAGUCUCUUUCUGCCGCACCUCAACGUACACCUAGCAAAACAGAGAGAUGCCAAGUGACGAGUGGACGACCUUGAUUAACUGUUUCCUUCGCUAUAACCCUUCACGUUAAUGCAUUUAGCUAAAGGAAAAAAAGAAAAGUGACGUAACCUAAUACCGGUAGGUGAGGAGACCCAAAAGUUGAAUGCCGCCGGAGCAAGAGAAGAACUCUGUUUUUCACCGUUGCCAAUCCAAACCAAAGUGUAUCGACGACGAUGGCUGAUGCUUGUUAUAUUUCUUCUGGUUUCCAUGUCAAGUGCCUUUCAGUGGAUCCAGUUUGCCAUUAUCAACAAUCUGAUUAUGAAAUAUUACAACGUUGACUCAACAACCGUUGAUUGGACUUCUCUGGUUUAUAUGGUUACUUACAUUCCGCUUAUUUUCCCUGGGGCCUGGAUUAUGGACAAAGUGGGAUUACGAAUAACGCUCCUAAUGGGAGCCUUCGGGACAGCUUUGGGAGCGUGGAUCAAAGUUCUGGGCGCUGCUCCAGAUCUUUUCUAUGUGGCACUCAUUGGUCAGACGAUAACGGCCAUGUCGCAGGUUUUCAUUCUGGGUGUUCCACCCAAUGUCGCUGCCGUCUGGUUCGGAGCGGAACAGGUUUCUUCAGCGUGCUCAAUAGGUGUUUUCGGCAAUCAGUUAGGCGUGGCCCUCGGCUUUUUUCUGCCCCCUAUUUUGGUAAAGGACCACGAAAAUAUCGAUGAUAUUGGAGCCGAUUUGAAACUUAUGUUCUACAUUGUGGCGGGCGUCUGCACGGCCUUAUUCAUUGUAGUAGUGAUCGGAUUUCAAGCUAAACCGCCUCUUCCUCCGAAUGCGGCCCGCAUCGCACCUCAAUCGUCACAGCCGGUGACCUACUACCAGUCAGUCAAAACGAUUGUCACUAACAAGAAUUACAUUUUGCUUUUGAUUACGUACGGAAUCAAUGCCGGUGUCUUUUACGCUAUGUCUACCCUGCUCAAUCAAACUGUGCUUCGACAUUUUCCGGGUGAAGAAGAAAAUGCGGGUCGGAUUGGCUUGACGAUCGUCGUCUGCGGCAUGUUUGGCUCGGUAGUGUGUGGUAUCAUUCUUGACAAAACGCACAAAUUCAGGGAAACAACUCUUGUGGUGUAUGGAUUAGCAGUGGCCGGAAUGGUCGCCUACACUUUUACGUUCGAACUUCAAUAUAUCGUCAUUACGUUCGUCACGGCCGGAGCUGUAGGGUUCUUUAUGACUGGAUAUCUGCCAGUUGGAUUCGAGUUUGCAGCUGAAUUGACGUACCCUGAGCCAGAAGUGACGUCGUCAGGUUUACUGAAUGCUUCCGCCCAAGUAUUUGGUAUCGUCUUCACAAUCAUUGGGGGCUGGCUCUUGAGCAACUACGGCGAUUUGGUCUGUAACGGAAGUUUAUCGGCAGCACUGUUUUUCGGCGCUGCUCUAUCGCUUUUCAUCCGUUCCGAUCUCAGACGCCAAAGAGCCAACCAGAUCGAAGCGUUUCGAGCAAACGAAGCUAUCUAAGUGUCAUCAAUCGACUCUCUUAGCUUCACUGUCAGUAAGAGCUUUUGCCUGUCUCCAAGAGAUGCCACAUUUGCCUCACGCAAUUUCGAACAAGUUGAUUUGCUUAUUGUUAUAGAUAGUUAGGUAAACUUUGUGUCACUGUAUUAUCUGCGAUUUCAAAAUGUUGCUUCCUUCAAUGUGAUUGGCUGCUGCACAAAGUUUGCGGCUAUACCGUGAAUCCGUUACGACGAUUUCAAUGGAGAAAAAAAAGUAAAGUGAUUGAAAACUAUAUACUGUAUGUAUACUUAUAUAUAUAGCUUAUAGCCUCUAUCUUUCGGGUUCGGUCAAAAGAAAUUUAGCCUACAUUUCUGUGUUAUUACUAAUUUAGUAAAAUUGCUGUCUUCCGUACAAUGCAGGGCAUGGAAAGCAAAGUUCAAACCCAAGUUAGCUUCAUUACAGAGUAUUAUGCAUUCGAUUCUUUGUAAGCCUUUGAUGUUAAAGUUGUUUUCACUUUUCAAAACGACCCAUUUUAAACAGACCAAAAUCAUCUGGUUUGAUGAUGUGACAGUUAACAAUUAUUGCGCCAAAUAAAAAUCUAAUGCCACCA